AUGAGCGGCUGUGAGCAGAUAGAGGACGUGCAGGGUGCCAAAUCCGAGGGCAUCCUAGGCACAAAUGCACAGGUGGAAAACUUCUUUAGAAGCUUGAAAUCGCAUGCGGACUGGCACGUUUUUGAGCGUACCCUCAAGGCCAUCACCCGGAUCCAAGAAGCAGAAUGGCUUCUCGACUCCAAGCUGGGUGAAAAGGCUUUUAUGAGUGAGCAUUCGUCGCCGAGCAAGAAAUUACGACCAUUGCUACGCGCCGAGAUGCAGAGGAGGAAGGCUAUCUCCGCAAGGUACUUGCGAAUCUGGCUCAUGUCUGCCGGCCCGGACGUCAACUUACUUAUCUUGGACAAGGCAAACUUUGGCGAAGCAUUUGAAGAUUUGGCGUGCACAUUUGGUGAAUCAAAAAAGGACCGCACCAAGAUAUUGAAGGCUAAGCUUAGAAACUGGCAGGAGGCUGACGAAAGCUUCCAAGCUGGUAGGUUCUUGGGUAAGAUGAAAGCGGUCCUUGACGAGCUGGAAUCAUUGGGUUGUGAAAUUAGCGAUGAGAAAAUGAACGAGUAUGUCUUCGGGGCUCUUCCACCUUCUUGGGAUAUCAGAACGGAAAUCGUUUCAAUGUCUUGGAGUGCGCUGACGACUCUGAUCAAGGACAAAGCAGGCCGUAUGCUGUACGACAAAUGGAAGCAGCAACAGCGUGGACAAGCAGCCGUGUUAGAAGUCAGUGGCGAUUGCAAGAAGUCGACUGGAAAGCGCUGCGUCUUUUCGGGCGACUGCUACAAUUGCGGAGAGCGUGGACAUCGAGCACGAGAGUGCAAGCAGCUGACCGAAUUGGUGAGUCACAUGUCCAUGCACGCGUGA